AUGGCAAAGUGCCGGAGGAACGACGACUGGACGAUGCCGUGGUUGUUCACCAACUCUACCUUCCUUUUCCUCGUCGUCGCCUCACUUUCGACCAAGGUAAUCACUUUCGACGCGAACGUGCACCAGAUGUCCAUUGUGGGUCCGCCGGAUGCUGACCACCGGUCGAACGCGAAACUCACUUCCUCGAAGACUCGCUGCCUUCCCCCUGCGGUGGCCACCGGUUUCUCCGUUCCCACCAAUCGUUCGGCCAAACUGGUUCGCCCCGUGAAACGACUACCCACUGCGAUUAUCAUCGGAGUGAAGAAAGCGGGAACCCGAGCGCUUUUGGAGUACCUCCGUUUGCAUCACAGUGUCAGAGCCCCGGGACCGGAAAUUCAUUUUUUCGACCGCUACUACUUCCUCGGUCUCAACUGGUACAGGUGA